AAUAGGGGGAACCUAGUGACGUGUCGAAGAUCUUCGUCCGUGUGUUCGGCCCCUAUUCUCCCUUGUGUUUCUUUCCCUCGUUUCCCUUUCAUUUUUUUCCUUCGCUCGCUUUUACCCGUUGAGCUGGGCGAGCGAGCGAGCGAACCGAUCCCCUCCAUUCUCUGAGCUCCUUUCCUCUCAAUCCGUCUCUUUCCUUUUAUCGUUCCUCUUCAGGUUAAGCCAAUAACCUAAGCUAGGCCGAGAGGGAUGAGAUAACUGCCAUGUGGAUGCAUUGCCCACGACCCAGUUCUUGCAACAAGUUAAUGACAUUUCCCUGUCCAGUCUUCUAUCGCCAUUUCAGAAGUUCCUUGGAGAAGUACCAAGCUGCUACCCCGGAAUUGAGGCAUUACUGAAGGGCCUUCCGCUUAUCAUGCCUUACUAUAUACAAAGGCUCUAUAAUACCUGUAAGGCGUCAUUCUCACCUAAUGGCCCGGCAUCAGAAGAAGCACUUGAAAAAGUUCGCAAUAUGUUAGAGAAAAUGAAACCCUCUGAUGUAGGUCUUGAGCAAGAGGCACAAUUAGUACGCAAUUGGUCAGGACCUUUGCAAGAGCGUAAUGGGUGGCGUCCUACAUUGCCACCAAUCAAGUAUCUCCACUUGCAUGAGUGUGACAGCUUCUCUAUUGGAAUCUUCUGCAUGCCACCGACUUCAAUCAUACCUCUUCAUAAUCAUCCUGGAAUGACAGUGUUAAGCAAGCUUAUAUAUGGAACGAUGCAUGUGAAGUCGUAUGAUUGGCUUGAUUCAUCUGAGCCUGCUGACACGGCGCAAGCAAGGCCUGCCAAGCUUGUUAGAGACGAUGAGAUGAGUGCACCGUGUAAUUCAACAGUUCUUUAUCCUACCGCUGGAGGCAACAUCCAUUGUUUCAGGGCUGUAACGCCAUGUGCCAUCUUCGAUGUUCUAUCUCCGCCUUACUCUUCAGAUCAUGGAAGGCACUGCACUUAUUUUCGGACGUCGCCAGUAAGGGAUCUACCUGAAGGUGAAGUUGAAUUGGAUGGAGUGACAGUUUCAGACGUUACAUGGCUGGAAGAGUUCCAACCACCUGAUAACUUUGUGAUAAGGAGAGGUCUAUACAAAGGUCCGGUAAUUAGAACUUAAGACUUGUAGUUUUCUCUUGUUUGGUGUAUUGAGUUGAGUAUUCUAAUGACAGUCGAUUAUUGUCAUAUAACAAAACAUUGGGUUAGGUAUUUGUUGAUAUAUAGCCUUUGGAAUAAUCUGAGAUUUGAUGGAAUCGGAAUGGCGGUGUAAGUUGGUGCAACUUAACAAUGUACAUAUAAGCUGCUUGAAGGAGGAAUUAGCAGGUUGAUUACUGUGCAGCGUCAAAGUUUACAGGGAGAUCAAUGAAAUGGAAAAUAUAAUUUUCCUCGAUAACCUCACUGGCAUCGAUGAUUUGGAUCUCGCCG